GCUAGAUCUAGAGUCUAUUGCUUUUGACGGCGACCUCUUCCUCCGCCUCGUUGAUACAACACUCUGAGCAGAACAUAACUUGUGCCCCGCAUCUAUACUGCUGCACAGCUUAGGGACAAAAUAGAAAAGCCUGACAAUGGCCGCGCAAGUUCCUGUUCAAACGAUCCAUAGGGAUCCCCAGUUGUUCUACUGGAUACUGGGCCCCAUCACAGUCGUUAUGAUUCUCACCGGCAUGCUCCGGCACUAUGCGGCAGUUCUGAUGGCCGUCGCGCCCAAAAAGGUCGACGCCAAGGCGAUGCGUGAGCAGCGGUCUCUGCUACACGGCAUCAACGUGCGCAGCAACUACCAUGUGCUGUCUAAGCGGUCCUUCAAUACGCGCCGUGACACGCUGUCCUCGGCCUACGAGUCCGGUGCCUUUCUCAAGGCCCCCGAGAGCCGUGGCCAGGCGCCCCCGAACCCCAUGACGGAUCCUAAUGCCAUGGAGGGCAUGAUGGGCAUGAUGAAGAACAACAUGGCCAUGAUAGUCCCCAACACGCUCAUCAUGAGCUGGAUCAAUGCUUUCUUCAGCGGCUACGUCAUCAUGAAACUACCGUUCCCGUUGACCGUCAAGUUCAAGAGUAUGCUCCAGGCUGGUGUUGCGACUCGUGAUAUGGAUCCGCGAUGGAUGUCUAGUAUCAGCUGGUACUUUCUGUGUAUCUUUGGCCUUCAGUUUGUUUUCAACUUUCUGCUAGGCAGCGACAAUGCCGCCAACCAAAUGGCUCAGCAGAUGGGCCAGAUGGGUCCUCAAGCCCCUCAGAUGUUCGGACCAGGUGUCGAUCCGGACAAGCAGUUCCUGGCCGAGGCCGAGAACCUUGCUGUCAUCGAGCACUACUCAGUUCUUGAUGACGUGGAGGACAGGCUGCUGGAAAGACUUGGCGCGUGAUACAUGAGGGCUUGAAAAAAACUGGUUCACAUCUUCGAUUCCACACACAGCAGCCGGCGCAGUUAUUCAUCUACCUCCAUAUCGCCAUUUUCAACUUUCUCUUCCUCCACCACGCCACCACCAUCAUCGCCCCACCAAAGGCAUACACCCAGGCCCUCUUCCUUCAUGGUACCCGUGAUACGGUAAGGGGGCUUCUUCUCCGGAAGCUCACUGCCCUCGAUAGGUUUUGUGGGAGUUUGGUCUUGCCACUCCUCGGAGCUUACGCGAAAUCGGACCAUUUCGUGGAUGUCAUAGUACAUUUCUUGGUCCUCCACAUGCCAUACCCAGAGAGACUGGUCAUGGUCGCUAUCGGCUCAUGAUGUCAACAGAACAGCGCAGUUAGAGAGGUAUGGGGCGUUAGGUUGGGGCUCGACGUCACUUACAACGUUGCUCCCUCGGGCAGCUCGUCAAAGGGGACAAAUAUGUCAUCAAAGAAGUCGGUGCGCACUGGAUGGUCGGGGUCAGCACGUAUACAGCUGCUUCGUCUAGUGGUCUGAACAGGAGUACAUCGGGAGCAAUACGAACAGUGUAUGCCAUCUUUAACACAUCGACUUAUCCUUCCGAACAGAACCUCUCCCUUAAAUGGCCUGAAGAUGACCAAUCGGCACUCGACUUGUCGUUCAAAGUCAACAUUGUCAGUGGCUAAUGUCGGCACCCGCGCUGGUUAGCUAGCUGGAAGGUAGACUCGGGUGCUCACCGUUGACAUUCACGAGACCGUCACCAUGACCUAUGAGACCCUCGGAGGCCCAUAACAGAUCGUACAUGCAAAUGCAGAGUCCCACUUUUUGAAUAACCUAGAGUACGUUUUGCGUGUUUGGGUAACCUUAGCCGCUCAGAUCUCACCAGAUAGGCAGGAGCCAAAGAUAUUAGUUGGGUUGCUCUUCUCACUUUGUUGCAGUAUUUCUCGUUUAAAUUGUCUUCUAUGGCAUCGAUGCUCAGUUUGGCGAACUGAGCCGGCUUGAUUUGGACCAAGUCCGCAAUCUUGGUCUGGUCCGAUUGGUUUUUUUAUCGAUUUUUUUUUUCGGUCAGACACACAGCCCAUUCAUUUAGGUUUAUAUUUUUGUAUCCCUCUCCCUGUUGACAGUUCACGUUCCCCGGUUGCGGUGUCCCAGGCCCGAUGUACGUACCAGUAUGAACAUUGUAAAAUCCGGCGCUAUAUCUCAAUUGAUAUGAGAUCAAGGCUAGAUAGACCGAGACAAGGUAGGGAAGGUAUAGGUAGGUUGGUAGUACGUAGGUAAGUAGGUUGUUGCUUUAUC